GCGCCGCCGGGCUACUUCCGGAAAACGUUGCGUCACGUGUCGGGCGACCGGAAGUGAAUCGUACUUCCGCCGGGGAGAAAGGGAGCAAGAUGUCGGACAACGAGGACAACUUUGAUGGGGAUGACUUCGAUGAUGUGGAGGAAGACGAGGGGCUGGAUGAUCUGGAGAACGUAGAAGAGGAGGGACAGGAGAACGUGGAGAUCCUCCCCUCCGGAGAGCGACAGGCAGCGAACCAGAAGCGCAUCACCACCCCCUACAUGACCAAGUACGAGCGAGCCAGAGUUCUGGGCACGCGUGCCCUCCAAAUAGCGAUGUGUGCACCUGUGAUGGUGGAGUUGGAAGGAGAGACAGACCCGUUGCUGAUUGCCAUGAAAGAACUCAAAGCACGCAAGAUUCCUAUCAUCAUCCGUCGUUACCUGCCUGAUGGGAGCUAUGAGGACUGGGGUGUGGAUGAGCUAAUUAUCACAGACUGAUCGGCCUCUGGCUGUUGCUUUUGAUUCUUUCCUUCUCCAGCAGAUGUUUCUAUUUUUGUUUAUAUUUGUAUAAAUAAAUUAUAAAUUCUUUCUCCUGUA